GGCUGUUUUUUGUUGGUAAACCUGAAGUAGCUGGCAAAAUGUUUUCUUCUCAAAAUUAAAGCUCUGAAACUUCGCCGGUUUCUCUGCGUUUUUUGAUCGCUUUUAAAAAAACAUACUGUUUUAAUCGGAAUUCUUCGAGUGAAGAGCUCAGCGACAUGUCCGCUGACGGCGAAAACGUUGUUUCGUCAACGGUCGGUGUGCGUCCACGAUGCUUCAUGGAUAUCUGCAUCGCUGGCCUGGACACAGGCCGAAUUGUCUUUGAGCUGUUCUCGGAUCGAUGUCCACGAACGGUGGAAAAUUUUCGCAGCUUGUGCACAGGCGAAAAAGGCAUUGGCAGCUUGGGCAAGCCAAUGCAAUACGAAGGCACCAUUUUCCACAGGGUCAUCAAGGAUUUUGUCGUCCAGGGUGGCGAUUUCACCGAGGGUGAUGGCUCUGGUGGCGAAUCGAUUUACGGUGGCACUUUCGAAGACGAGGAUUUGACGGGAAAGCAUGACAGGAAGUACUUGGUGAGCAUGGCCAACAGAGGAAGAAACACCAAUGGCUCCCAGUUUUUCAUAUUAACAGGACCGGCACCACAUUUAGAUGGUAUUCAUACAAUCUUCGGUCAUGUUGUAUCUGGUCAUGAAGUGAUUGAGAAAAUCAAUAAUCUGCCGGUUGACAAUAUAUUCAGACCGUUGCAAGACAUAAAGGUUACCAAAAGCGGAGAGUUGAUACUCAGACCAAAAAAGAAGAAAGAGAAGAAGGUCAGCAGCAGCAGCAGUGAAAGCAGCGAUUCUGAGAAGGAGACUGUCAGUAAGAAGAAAAAGAAAGAAAGACGCAAGAGUGCAAGGAGUGAUCCUGAGGAAGAUUCUGCAUUCAGAGAUGAGGCAGGUGUACCCCACCCCUUGGUCACCACCUUCAACAUUAAGAAGGAUGAAAUUCCGAGUGUGCCAUCCAACAGAUUUCUGUCUCGUCUUGUCGGCCGCAAUCCGGAAGUGAAAACAAACAUGGAAAGCAAGGCCACAAACAUACGAGGUCGCACUAAAAGCGGCAGGACAGUCAAGGGAAGAGGCAAUUUGCGUUACCGUACUCCAUCGCGCUCAAGAUCUAGAAGUAUCACUCCUCCUCACUGGCGUCAGGAACAAAGCAAAAAAAUUUCUUACAAGAAAUUUGAGGAAAUCGAGAAAAUCAAGAAGCAGCGUGAAGAUGAAAUACGCAGACGAGAAGAAGAAAGGCGUAAACGUCACGCUGAAAAGGAUAAAAGACCGCCUUUGCAAACUCAAAAUCAAGUGCCUGAAAAGAAAUCAUUUGACGAUGAGAAGGAAGAAGGAGAGUUGCGCGAAGAUGAUGAGAAAAAAGAUUCGCAAAGGAGCAGGAAUAAGUCGGAGAGGAAGCUCUCUGGUGACAAAAAGAGCUAUCGGGCUCGUAGGUCACGGUCGCCUAAACGCAAAAGAUCCCCAAACCGCAAGAAGCCGUCUCCACCAAGGCGUCGCAAGCGAUCUUCUUCAUCCAGUUCCAGUUCAUCGUCAUCAUCAUCCGACUCUUCUGUCGAUCGUAGACGUAAGAGGAAGUGAAAAUUUUCCACGACAUUUGUUCCACUAGAAGUAAAAAAGCCGCUUCAUAACAUAAUUUCACUUUACAUUGUUAGAUUUCAAGGUUCAUGUAUUUGUAAAAUUAAUCUAUUGUGUAUGUACAUGACUGUAUGUAAAUGAAUUAUGGAUGCUGAGUAAAUUCAAGUAAAUUUAUGAAAGAUACCAAUGAAAAAUACCUUUU